CGUCAGGAUGAGCGGCAUAAACGCGUAGAGCUUUGCGGCAUGGUUGCUAUGCAGUCACCGACCCGACACCUAACCCAGAGGUAAACAAAACACUUCAACUCUGCUUGUACGGAUUUUGUCAAAAAAAGCCGAAUAGAAAGCCACUUGCCAGCCCGCGCGAUUUGCAACGACGGAAGGAAGUUGCGAAAUUUACGAGAGAGGAAAUUUGCAAAGAGAGCAGAUCAGAGUGCUGAAGUGCUCGUGAGAAUCUGUUUGGGUAAACUCGAGCUUGAGCGCGAGAGUUGGGCGAGACGGGAUACAGAAGUAACGCAGCAUUCCGACAGGGAGGGCGCUUUCUCCGUCUCCUUCCUGGGAGUUAUCACUGUUUGAAAAGAGAGAGAGGUUGUGAAGGAGUGAUUGUUUAUUGGCCUGCAAAUGGCGAGAUUAGCUGCCGAUCCUGCGGUAUUGGCGGAGACUAUCGAUUCCAUCAAACGGCGGUUCUUGCGGCAAAAUAGGGAAUUGGCAAGAGUCAACUCAAGUCAUUCAACACGGAUCAGCAAUCUGGAAUCGAAAAUCGCCGAACUGCUAGCCGAGAACCUCGACCUCCGUCAGCAAGUUAUUGCACUAGAGCAGAACCGUGAGCGAUGGAUAACACAUCAAUGCCAGGAAGUGCGCGAGCGGUUGCAGGCAAAAGUACGAGAGAUGGAGGAUACGCUUGAGUUGUUUGCCGCGACGGCCAAGAGCUCUAUAUAUGCGACGCCACCAGAACGGGGCGCGACGAUGGUCUCUACGAUGCAGGCGGAGGAGCAGGCGACGGGGUACACGGAUGCGUUUAUGAUGAAUGUGUCGACGCGAAAGAAGCUAUCGCCGAGAGAUACAGCUCUGACAGAGGCCGAUGAGCAGACUGCAGAGGAUGAGAAUGUGGAGGACAUGCCAUUGCCCGAGCCGGUGGAAUUACACAGAACUACAGCUGAGGAGAUGUUGCAGGAGGAGAUACCAGAAAUUCCGGAGAGCGAUAUGGUGUCGGAGCUGAUAUCGUCGUCGACAGUACCGGGAAGAGAGGUCAACAGAUCGCGCAGAAAGCGAAGGGAUAGCUUGCAGGAACUUGAUAUUAUCAACAUAGUCAAGGCGCAAAACACAAACUACAAGUCCAAGUUAUCGGCAAACAAGUCGACGAGCGGAGCACAGCAAUCGUCGACGAUGGCGGAGGCAGAUGUCGAAGAGUCCAUAGAGCCAGAGGUAGUCACAGAACCUGCGCCGGCGGAGACAGAGAUAAUAGACCGAACCAUCACGGCAGCAUCAGAUCAGGUUGAGGAGCUGAAGCCAGCAGCCAGGCGUGAGUCGAGAGCACGACGGCGGUCGUCUAUGUUGAUUGCGAGCACCAGUCCUCCACAACUCGCACCAGAGAAGCCGAGCGGCAUUACUUCUCGAUCGUCCCGCAGGAGUAGUAUCAUUGUCAGCCGUGACCCUCCGGCUUUUACGACUGAUGACAGCAUAGAGGACAAGACUUUAGGGUCGAGUGCUGAAGUCAAUGCUAGGAGCUCAGAAAAAGCGGACGUCGUCGAGGCAGAGCCCAAGAAAGCGGAACCCAAAGUGGAAAGAAGAGUGCUGCAAAACAAAAAUGUGAAUCUGGAACCGAUAACGACCAAGAGCACUGCUUUGAAGAAAAUGAAGGAUGACGCGCUGCCGCUCGCAGAGAAGGACAAACUUACAGGUGAUGAAAGUGAAGUGAUUGCAAAGAAAUCAAUCUCAGAAAGCAAAGUCCAGGAGGAUGUUCAAAGAGAAUCGGUUUCACCAGAAGGCGGACGAAGACCGAGUCGACGAGCGCGCAGUAGCAUAAACUAUGCUCUUCCCUCGCUUCGAGUGAAGAUGAGACGAGAAACUGAGCAAUUUCUUGACGCGGUAGUUAUUACCUCUGAGCGCACGGUCGAGCGGAGAGAUAGUGGGAUUCCAGCUGAUUUGGGCGCUUCUAAAGCAGGAGUGAGGGUUAAGGAGGAGAAGCAAGACGACGCGGUUGAUAUGAGCUCGAUCCCGAUUAGCGAGCCGCCCUCGCUGGAGCUGGGGAAGCGCAAGCGGAAAAGCUCGGUUUGGAGCGCGGCCGAGGUCGAGGAAAAGCCAAGUACGACAGCAAAGCCGUCAACGACGCGCCGGCGAGCCUCAUCUGCGAUGACGAGUAGUACGUUUGGUGGGGAAAUCGAGCCCGAAAAGAAGGAUAAUUCCGAGGGGGACAUUUACGCGUUUGUGGACGGCCAGAUCGAGCAUAUACGGAAACCGCGAACGAGUUCAGACCGGAAAAGCAUGGGGGAUGCUGGUCGUCGCGCGAGUGUAGCUAGUAGCAUGGCAAGCUCGGCGAAGGACAAGAGAGCAGACACCAGCGGGCUGGGGAGCAGUGGAGGGACGAUUGGCGGGAAGCGACGGCGGAGUGUCGCGGUCUAGGUUAGGAGCCCAGAACGGGGUGUGGUCGAUCGCGGAAGGAAUGGAUCAGCGACAGUGCGCAUGAUGUCCCUUGGGGAUAUGUAUGAUAUGACUGCUGUCUACAGAAGGCUGAUGGUAGGCGUAAUGUUUUAAUUCUUGCUAGUCAUGGUUGAAGGCGUUGUCUUUUUAUCUGAAGAAUUUGUUGAUUUGUACCGUUUACGUCUUGCUAGCCAGUGAAUAAUAUACAUAUAGUACGUUACCAUCCAGAUC